AUGAUACGAUCGAUUGCAUGCCAUCUUAGAAGAGCAACUCAACUAAAUUAGGUCUAAAAAUGUUUACCAAAAUAUUUCUUGUCUGAGAACGUCAAAGAAAAAUAGCUAAGAGAAAAUGACAUGCUUUGGAUUGCAGCUAAUGCAGAGUAAUUAAGAAUUAAAUAUAUAUAUAGUGAUAAAAGAUGCUCUAUAGUAGAGAUUCAAAAAUUCAUACAAGAAGAACCAUUACUUGAAUAAUCUCCAAUAAGAUUAAUGGACUUAGGAAAUAAUUAUUUCAGACAUAUUAAUCCUAGGAAAAAGAAGACAAUGCUCUAACUAUUAGAUGCAUAUGUUGAUAAUUUGACUGAAGAUGAAACAAAUUUGUUCUAAGAUGCCUUGUCCAUUUAUUUUGAUAAUACUUAUCAAGGUAAGGACAUGGAAGACUUGACAUGUGAAGAAAAAGAUUUACCAGAGCCAUUAUUUUGGCAUAUUUAUAGCUUAAUGAUCUUUGAUAGAUUGAGCAGCCAUUAUGCUCGUUAUGAAUAUCUCGAUUAAUUUAGAAUUAUCGAAUAUUUUAAUCAACGAGAUAAAGUAUCAAUAUAAAUAAUAAUAAUUUUAUAGUCAAAAAUUAAUAGAGUCAAAUAUGUGUUUACUUCUCAUCCAACAUAACCAAAUUCAUUAACUUAAUUAAUUGCUAUAAGUAGAAUGCUCCAAGGGAUUGAAUAAAAUGAUUACAAAUAUCUUAAAUAUGCUGCUAAGUUAUUUAUUUAAUCAAAUAAAUAGCGUGUUUUUCAUGUAAAUUAUUUUAUUUACUAAUUAAAUAGAAAGUCUCAUACAUAGAGGAAUCAUUAAUUUAUCAUUCUUAAUAUUUGCCAAAUCUUAUAAAAGCAGUAGCUUAGGCAUAUGAAUUAGGUUUGUAGAAUCCUGAAGAUUAUUUUGAAACACCAGGUACUUGGUUGACUUUUGAUUUCGAUAAUCAUCCAGGAAUGGUAAUAAUCUAAAAUUUAUUUAUUAGGAAAUUGGUAUUAUGACUUAUACACAUGGAUUGACUAUUGACUUAACACUACAAUAAUACAAAGAGUAUAUUGCCGAAGCUUAAUUAGAAGAAAAUGAAGAAUUUAAAUAAAUAUUAGAAUUAUAUUAAUAAGCUUUAGAUUAUAGUAAAAAUAUAAGAGAAUUAAGUGACAAAUUUAGAGUUAAAAAAGAGAUCUCACUUGAAGAAUUUUAUUAAUAAAUGCCUAUUUUUAAUAUUAAAAAGAUAGAGGAUUAAAUAACUCAAAUUUUAGAAUAAAUUUUGGCAAAAAAUGAUGAUUCAAAAGAAUAUUUUAUAGCAUUAAAAUUGAAGAAGCUUUAUUAAAUAUUUAGAUUAACAGGAGUUUUAGGUUAAAUUAGAUUAGCUGGUGAAGAUUUAACAGAUGUAUUAUUUACUUAUAUUAUUAAUUUAAGAUUAACAAAAUAAAACCAAUGAUUAAAAAUAUAUUCAAAGAAAUCUCUCUAUUAAAUGCUAAUGGAUAAGCAGCAGAUAUGGUUAUUAUUGCUAACUUUUAAACAUAGGCUUAAUAUGAUUUAGUGAAUGACUUAAUUACUUUAUAUAAGGUUUAAAAUGUAGAAAUUGUACCUUUGUUAGAAACAUUUUCUUCUACAAAUAAUACUGAUUCUAAAAUAACUAUGAUUGCAAGCAGUGACACUAGAUAGAGAGAUGGUUUAAUAUUGACAGAACUUAGAAAUAUGAGAGAAUAUAAAAGAAAUCCUGAAAAAUAUAUUUAUAUGGGAUAAGGUAUUACACCAGAAAGAGGAGGUGGACCUUAUACAUUGAUACAUACUAAAUACUAAGCUUUAACUAGAGCAUAAAGAAAACGACAUAUUAGAACAAUCUAGGGGCAUUAUUUUACUUCAGAAUUUGCUAGUGAAGAUGUUGCUUUUACCUUUUUAUUAAAUGGUUUAGCUAAUAUCAAUUAUAGUGAUGAUUUUGAACCAAGUUAUGAAUAUAUGGAUUUUUUAUUUGAAUUAGGUAUAUUAUUUAUUUAAGUAGAUAAUGUAAUUGGAGUACCAUAAAGAGCAAUGUAAAAAACUAAAGAAUAUAAUGAUUUAUAUGUUAAAAAUCAAGUAGUCAAAACUAUGGUUGAAUCUUUCAAUUUUGGUGGAAGUAGAGAAAUUGCUAGACCAUUUGAAAGCCUAAAAAGUUAAAGAGCAAUUGUUUAAGCAUAUUGUAAUAGUGAUAGAUGUUCCUUUACUCAUCCAGAAUUAGCUUAUUGGGAUAGAGUACCUGAAGAAUUGAUCAAUAAAAUAGCCACUUAUUAUUAUAAUAAUCAUCCUCAUAUGAAAUAUAUGCUUUAUAUGUAUGCUUUAAUGGCAAGAAGAUGCGAUUUAGAUUUUGCUAAAUAAGAAGUUGGCUUAGAUUCUUCUAAUCCUUACUUUUAAGCUAUGCAAAAAGGAAGAGCAGCUUUAAUCAAAAUUUUAGAUUAAUUAGGUUUAGGUGAUAAUAGUACUCCCAUGAUUGCUAUUUGGAAAUAACAUUUAGGUUGCUAAUUAUAGUCAAUGAACAUGGAAGUUAAGUAGAAAUUUUCAACAUUCAGAACUUUGAAUGAAUUACAAUUAUAUUAAGCAAAGAAAAUGGUUAAACAUGGAAUCUUAGAAACUGAUAUUGUUGCAAGUUAAAGAAAAUUAAGAAUUUUAUAAUCUACAUUAGCAAACAUGACAUCAUUCGCUGGUAAAGGUUGAAUUUAUCAAUAUUAAAAUCAAGUUAAAUAAUAAUC